AUGCAAGAUCGCUACGAGAUACCAGUCAACACCAAGCAUCCUGACAAAUUCCCCAUCCUCGAUGGCUGCACCUUCGAUAUGAAGGCUCAAGACAAGUGCUUCGACCAAUGGCUCAAUGACCCCUACGUUCUCGCCCAGCGAGGCGCUUACGCCACCGACGGCCUUGCGGCAGCCAUGGCACAAGUGUCAACCACCGCCCCGACAGACGACAUCGAUCUUUUCAUCUUUGGCGGACCGAUCAACUUCCGUGGCUACUUCCCUUGGUCGGCGCACACGCGCAACAAAGCCGGUACCGUGGAGCUAAGAUCUACCGAUCCGCUCGAGCAGCCAGAGAUCAACUUCAACUACUUCGACACCGGCACGACGGAGGACGGCGCGAAUCAGAAGGAUCUCCAGAGUCUCAUCGGAGCCAUCAAGAUCUCCCGUGGCGCCCUGAGCCACUUCAACGACUUCGACCUUGUCCUACCAACCUCCAACUUUAUAGAGCAGUACCCAGGCCCACGCGCGGAUACCGAUGAGGAGCUAGGCACCUACAUCAAGCAGGUGCUUGGGGCCAUCAUGCAUGCUGUACUGCGCCAAUUGGAAUUGACGGUGACCCGAUGGCGGUGCUGGACUUGGAGUUCAAGAUUCGCGGAGUGGAAGGCUUGA